AUGGCCCAUCCGACGCAGCCAGGCGAGGGGCCUAGGCCUGCACUGCCCAUCCUCACCGCCGACGCUGUGGCCGCCGUAGUAGCCACCGAAGCGCCAGACGUCCACUCCAAAGAAGAGGAAGACGUCGAGGCGGCCAAGGUGUCCACGACAGGCACCGUGGAGACGGGGGAUGAGUGGAAAGACCCCAACCUCGUCACCUGGGACGGGCCGGACGACCCUGCAAACCCGAAGAACUGGCCGUUCAAGACGAAAUGGACGUAUACCGUGUCGGUGUCGUUCUUCGCCGUGCUGUCGCCCAUUUCGUCGUCCAUGAUCGCCCCGGCCCUGCCGCAGCUGGCCCGCGACCUCAACAUUCACAGCGACAUCGAAGUGGAACUGUCGCUGUCCAUCUUCAUCCUCGCAUACGCUUUCGGGCCCCUUUUCUUCGGUCCCGCCUCCGAGAUGUGGGGGCGGGUGCGGCUGUUGCAGGUCAGCAAUCUGUGGUAUCUGGCCUGGAACUUGGCCUGUGGCUUCGCCACCAACAAAACCGAGAUGUUUAUUUUCCGCUUCCUCGCCGGGGCCGGCGGAAGCGCUCCGAUGGCUAUCGGGGGAGGAGCGAUAAGUGACGUCUGGCUGCCCGAGCAGCGCGGCAAAGCCAUGGGGAUCUACACGCUCACGCCCGUCCUCGGCCCGGUGAUGGGCCCCCUGGCCGGGGGCUGGAUUGCGGAGUACACAACGUGGCGGUGGGUGUUCUGGUCGUCGAGCGCGUUGACGGGGGCAAUCCAGGCGAUCGGGCUAUUCUGGCUGCGCGAGUCGCACGCGCCCACCCUCCUGAAAAGGAAGCGCGACCGGCUGGCCAAGGAGACGGGCAACGACAAGCUGCACACUGAGAGCGAGGCGGCAGGUACGGGUACCGGCCAACCAUCGACGCUGCUCGGUCGCAUGGGGGUAGCGCUGGUGCGGCCGGCGCGGCUGUUCACGACGCAGCCGAUUGUGCAGGUGAUUGCGGUGUACAUGGCGUAUUUGUUCGGGGUCAUCUACCUGCUGCUGGCCACGUUCCCCGUGCUGUGGCGCGACGUGUACGGCGAGAGCCUUGGGGUGGGCGGGCUCAACUACAUCUCGAUCGCUAUCGGCUCAUUCCUGGGCCUGCUGGCCAACUUCCACUACAUCGACCGGCUGUACCUACAACUCAAGGAGAAGAACGGGGGGGUGGGCAGGCCCGAGUUCCGCGUGCCGUCCAUGUUCGUCGGCUCCGUGCUCGUCACCAUCGGGCUGUUCUGGUACGGCUGGAGCGUGCAGGGCCACGCGCACUGGAUCAUGCCCAACCUCGGCGUCGUCUUCUUCUCUGCCGGCACCAUGGCCUGCUUGCAGAGCAUGCAGACCUACACGGUCGACAGCUACACCCGCUACGCCGCCAGCGCCAUGGCCGCCGUCGCCAUCCUGCGCAGCCUCGGCGGCUUCGGCUUCCCACUCUUCGCCCCCUACAUGUACCAGGCCUUGGACUAUGGCUGGGGCACCAGUGUGCUGGCCUUUGUCAGUAUCGGUAUCGGCAUUCCCGCCCCCUUUAUCUUCUGGUUCUUCGGUGCCCGGCUGCGCGCUCUCUCCAAAUAUGCUGCGGGUUGA